AGCUUUUCUUCUGUUCCAUUGCUUGGCCUCCUGUCUCUCUUCCUCGCCACCACCCUUCAGCCGCCCUCGGCAGCCAUCGCCACCAGCCUUCGCUUUCGAAAGCCGUCCACCACCGUGGUUGAUGUCCCAGUAUUCCGAGAGGCCCCGGCUUUUCGAAAUGGUGAGACUUGUGGAUCUCCCUCCAUAGAUCACAUUCAUGUUGCAAUGACACUUGAUGCAAGUUAUCUGAGAGGCACAAUGGCUGCUGUUUUAUCAAUCUUGCAGCAUUCUACUUGCCCUGAAAAUGUUGUGUUCCACUUUCUUUAUGUGAGAAAUGAACCCGAGGUUUUCUCGAGCAUCAAAUCGACUUUCCCUUAUCUCAACUUCAACGCGUAUAGGUUUGAUUCAAGAAGGGUGCUCGGUCUAAUAUCAAAGUCGAUUCGCCAAGCUUUAGAUCAACCUUUGAACUAUGCAAGAAUUUAUCUAGCAGACAUAUUGCCGGUCGAUAUUAAGCGCUUGAUUUAUCUUGAUUCGGAUCUUGUUAUGGUGGAUGAUAUUGUGAAAUUAUGGGGUGUUGAUUUGAAUGACAAAGUAUUGGCUGCACCAGAGUACUGUCAUGCAAAUUUCACUAAUUAUUUCACCGACGCCUUUUGGUCCGACCCCGUCCUGUCAAGAACGUUUGAAGGGCGAAAACCGUGCUAUUUCAAUACUGGUGUGAUGGUCGUGGACAUGGACAAGUGGAGACAGGGGAAAUAUACGCGAAAAGUCGAGUAUUGGAUGGUUGUGCAGAAGCAAAAAAGGAUAUAUCAGUUGGGUUCAUUGCCACCAUUUUUGCUUGUACUUGCUGGUAAUAUAGAGCCAGUUCAUCAUAGAUGGAAUCAGCAUGGAUUGGGGGGAGACAACAUUGAAGGGAAAUGUAGAAGUUUGCAUCCCGGUCCGAUAAGCCUACUCCAUUGGAGUGGCAAAGGGAAGCCAUGGUUGAGGCUUGACUCGAGAAAACCUUGCAAUGUUGAUCAUUUGUGGGCUCCUUACGAUCUCUAUCGUCCAUCAAAACAUUCAUUUGAAGAAUGAUGGAAAGAAGAUGCUUCUUUGUAUCUUAUAAGCAGUCAAAUAUGCAUACUUGGGGACUUGGAAAUUGAGAGCAGGGGAUGAUAUAAAGUGACAUAUUAGGGGAACAGAAAGCUCACACACUUUCAUUUAGAAAAGAAGUUCAAAAAAUAAACAAAAAACAAAGGGAAAAAUGUUACGAAUUUACGAUUUUUUUUUUAAUGUUUUAUUAUUAUUAUUAUUAUUUUAACCACAAAUAGAGAAGGACAAAUGUUUGUUUUGAGGAAGACAUUGGAGGAUAAGCAGAACUGUCAGUUUCUUUUCAGAGGCAAAAGAUGGGAAGCAUUCUGAUUAUGAUCAUUUGACAAUCAGAUAAUUCAUGACCCUCUGAUUAUGUUGUCAAUACAUUUUUAUUUAUUGUCUU